UCCAUAAUAACCAAACUACUACAUACAAUAGAUUCCGGUGAGAGUCUGUUUCAACAACAGAAAUUCCAAAUCUGACACGAUGAUUGUUUGUAUUGCCGUCGUUGGACAUCAGAAUAAUCCGUUGUAUAUACAAAGCUUCACAGAAGCAGAUGAUGCGUUGAAGCUUCAUCAUAUUGUUCACUGCUCUCUUGAUGUUGUUGAUGAAAGAGUGAACAACCCCAAAAAAUCUGGUCCAAUGUUAAAUGAGACAUUUCUUGGUCUUCUAUAUCCAACCGAGAAUUACAAAGUGUAUGGUUACCUAACUAACACAAAGGUAAAAUUUAUACUAGUCACAACAGACCUUGAUGUCCGCGAUGCUGAUGUAAGAAAUUUUUUCAGGAGGUUCCAUUCUGCAUAUUUAGACGCCGUCUCAAACCCAUUUCAUGUUCCUGGUAAAAAGAUCACAUCCAAGACGUUUGCUGAGAGGGUGAGCAGUAUUGUCAAGUCAGUUAGCUUCCAUACAACUGGAUAAAUUGGCAACACCGCAAUCUGUUUUUAUUUCUUCAUUUCUAAGUUGUAUGUCUGCAUCCUUGUUCAAUCUUUUGAUGGAUAAUGUAUCUUAAACCUUUGAAUUCUUAAAAUUUGAAUAUCCAUAUCAGUUAUUUUAUGUGCA